AAUAAUUAGGAAAAUAUUGUCAGUAAAUUGUGAAUUUUUCACAAUAUUAAUUUUUGUCGGCGUGAGACACAAACAUGUGGCACUAAAUGUCUGCGAUGUAGCUUUGAUAUAUCGCAUUGUUUUCCGUAUUUAUCUCCUAAAUGAUAAAUGAAAAAAAAAAAAAGAAAACCUAAACCAGAGAAAACGAGGAUACUCGCGGAAAAAGUUUUAUCUUCUGCGUCUCGAGGAGGGUAGACAACGCAAAAUAAUUGCGAUAUCUCGCAAACGUUGCUGGUAAACGUCUCGGAUCGGCACUACAGUUAUUUUCGUCAGAUUAACAAUCUUAAUUGAAGAUAAUGGAUAAUAGUGAUAAGAAUUUCAAAAAACGGUGAGAGUUUGAAGAUAAGUUUAGAAAUUCUUUGGAAAAAUCUACUGAAGUUUUUGAGCAGAAGUUUAAAAAGUGACAAGAACUUCGAACAAAAGUUUUCGAAACUACUAAUUGGAACAGUGAAUUUUAAAUAAACUGUAUUUUUUUCCAGUUUAGAUAAUUAUCGGUUUUUAAUCUUUUAUAAUUACACAAACAUUUAUGAAUAUCUCUAUGAUUACAGUGAUAACUGUGAUGCAACAGUAUAAUAUGUUAGUACAGCGAUAAGAGUACUUCAAUUUCAAGGCAUUUGACAAAAAUAUUAGAAAAGUAUAAUCUCUACGAUAAAUAAUAUAGAAAAGUACAAUCUCUACGAUAAAUAAUAUUGAAACAUGCGGUGUUCUACGUGUGCAACGGAAUCAGAAUACUUGGAAACUUCGUGGAAAAUCAAGCUGGAGCAGAUUCGCAGACGGCUAAGAACACUGUUCCAAAACACGUUGACGCGUUAUUACAAGUCAAAGAAGAAGGGCUACACCAGAUUUUUGACGGAGGAAGAACAGAGGUGGUUGGUUACCGCCGAAUAUGACAUAUCCACCCGGCUUGGAAUACCUUAUGGGCCUUGAUUAUCUUUUCGUGAACCAGAAAAUUGAGUUGCUUCAAGCUUUUACCGGAUGGGAAACUAAGAACAAGUAUGUUAUUAUGGAUAACAGGGGCGAGCCAGUAUUUUAUAUGGCCGAAGAAUCGGGAAUCUGUUGGCGAUUGUGCGUGGGAAGUUAUCGCUCGUGCGAAUUUUCCAUCUACGACAAAAAUCGGCAUGAGGUUCUUCGUAUGAUUCGACCAUUCAGAUGCGACGGUUGCUGCUGUCCUUGUUAUUUACAGGUUUUAGAAGUAUAUUCCGGAAAUACUCUACUAGGUAGCGUUACUCAAGAAUGGAGUCUUUGGCGACCAAAGUUUUAUGUUCGCGAUGCAUCGGGCCAACCAGUGUUAAUGAUAAAGGGUCCACUUAUUCGUUUUUGUAUUGAUGUAGCUUUUAAGGUAAAAUCUAUAGAUGAAAAGCAUCGUGUCGGCAUGAUCCGAAAGCAAUGGAGUGGCUUUGCUCGAGAGAUGUUUACCGUUUCCGAUAUGUUCGGUAUUAACUUUCCACGCGAUCUGGACGUGAAGAUAAAAGCUGUGCUGCUAGGAGCGUGUAUUUUGAUAGUAGGUAUUGUGAAAAUACUACAAACAAUCACUUUUUUAACAAAAGAGAUGCAAAGAAGAAAGGUAUAAAAAGAAACAUUGCAACGAAA